AUGAAAAAGACUAAAGCUGACCACGAGCAACAGGAAGCGUUUGCAAUAAUGAAAACAAUAUAUCAUAAUAAAAUGGAGAGAGAUGGUUUUCAUAUUUUCGGUGAACUUGUUAGCAAUAAACUAAGAAAUCUAAAAACCGAUUAUGCCAGAAACACAGUAGAGCAUAUGAUUUCUAACAUUUUGUUUGAAGCUAAUAUGGGAAAAUACGACUAUCCACCACAAUAUUCUCAAAGUAGGCCACAAGCAUCGCUAUCUGAUGUUCGCUCCUCCGUAUGCACACCCAUUACUUCACCUUCCUUGCAUGGUACAGAGUCAGAAAACUCUUUCCCCCCAUCAUACCAGUUGCCUUAUCAAAUACCAUCACUCCCAAUACCAUAA